AUGACAACUGAAAUAAAAGUAGAAAUAAAAAAGUUACCACAUGGAGAGUUGCCAUGUUAUGCAACUGUAGGAAGUGCUGGUAUGGAUCUGUAUGCUGCAGUGGAUGCUCCUAUUAUCUUAAGACCACUAGAGAGAUUUUUGGUGCCUACUGGAAUUAUAAUCGCAAUACCCAAUGGAUUCGAGGGACAAGUUAGACCACGUUCAGGUUUAACAGCAAAACAUGGAAUCGCAGUACUAAACUCUCCUGGCACCAUAGACUCAGAUUAUCGUGGCGAGGUUAAAGUGUGCCUUAUUAACCUCAGUGAUCAAUCGUAUGAAAUAAAAAAAGGCGACAGAAUUGCACAAAUUCUUAUUACUCCUGUACCCAAAAUAAUUUGGCAUAGCGUAGAAGAGUUCACUAUUGAUGAAACUGACCGCGAUACAGGCGGCUUUGGUUCAAGUGGUAGGUAGUUUUAUUAAAAUAAAUUGAUUAAAAUUUAAAUAUAUGGUAUUAUUAAUAUCAUAUAUUUUAAUUUGAGUAACAAUGACAACAGAAGAAAGAUUACACGCCCUUAAUACUGAUUCUUAUCUCGAUAAGGACAGUGUGUUUAAAAGAAUGCAGGAUGCGAUUGGCAUAAAAUUAUCAGAUGUAAAUUCCCCGUUUAAAUUAAUAAAUUUAUACUAUAAAGAUUCACUAUAUGCAGACGUAGCAACAUUUGAGAAGUGUACUCUAUUACAUGUAGCCACUUUAUUUAAUUGUCAUAGACUAGCAGGUGAUCUUAUAGAAAUAGGAGCGGAUGUUAACUAGAUGCACGUGGUCGCACUCCUUUACACUAUGCUGCCAUACAAGGCCAUAUAGAAGUGGCAAAAGUCCUCAUUAACAAAGGAGCAUGUAUUGUUUCACAGGACUGCUCAAAUAGAACUCCUUAUUAUUAUGCACUUAAAUAUAAUCAUCCAGAAAUCGCAAGUCUCAUAGACGAUCAUAUAAAAUCCACAAAAUUCUUAACAGAUAAAGGUGCAGAUCGAUCAUGUCCUCCGGCAUACAUUAUUGAACAAUCCAAACAGGAAGCUAAAGACGCUGCUUUUAUUGCGGUAAUGAUAGUCGCUGGUGUAACUCCAAUAGUCCUUACUAAGACUACUGAAUUACCCGUAACUAUAAUAAUUUUAGCAACUAUAGCAUCUAUGCUUAUAAUUGGUGGUAUUGCUUACAAGCUUGAAUUUAUGCGGGCAAAACAUGAACUUAGUAGCAAAUUAGGUGAAGUGAAAUUAAAUGAUGCACCCUCUUGUUCACAACAACCAACUUAA